AUGGUCAAGGCCUUGAGCGUCGGCUCUCUGCUGGAUAUUCAUGGUCUUCUGAGUUCUCUGGGACCUGCACCUGCGAACGACCCCAGAUUUACCAACUGGGUGGCGCCCGGACCUUACGAUGGUAUGGGUUUGAUUGUGGUACCGGUAUACCCAGUCGCUAAUGAACGCUUGCAGUGCGCUGCCCAUGCCCGGGAUUGAACACGCUGGCCAACCACGGCUUCAUCCACCAUGAUGGCAGAAACAUGACUUUGCCUCACUUGUUGCAGGGCUUGGCAGCAGGAAUGAACGUACGCAUCCUCUCGACACAUACCCGGAUGGACAAGAGCUGACUCGGUGCAGAUGGGCGCCGACUUCACCAUCCUCAUCGGUGGCGCUGGGCUCCUCUCUUCACCCGACCCACUCGGAGGCGCCUUCGACUUGAACGACCUCGACGAGCACAACUUUCCAAUUGAGCACGAUGGCAGUCUGAGUCGACAGGACGCCUACUUCGGCAACGACCAUUCCUUCUACGACAGAUACUGGCAGCAAGUGGUAUCCUUCUACAGCGGCGGUAUGACUGAUCUCCUUCCUGCCGCGGAGUCGAUCGCCAACCGUACCGCCGACUCCGAGAACAUAAACCCAACUUUCACCUACGGUUUUCGCGAGUUCAUCUUCCGAUACGGCGAGACUGCCAUCUACUUGCAAGCAAUGGGCGCUGACGAUGCCACGGGUGUCACCCGCGUCGACUGGAUUCGAAGCCUGUUUGAGCAGGAAAGGCUUCCUUACGACCUUGGCUGGCGACCGCGAGCCGAGCCCAUUACCUUUCCUAGCCUCGGACUGAUGGUGUUGAACCUCUUCCGCGUCAGCCCGCAGAACGUACCAGAAGGCGAGAAGGUCUUCCAGGAUUCGUACAAGGAUGCCUUCGAGGCACUUGUAGGAGGUUCGGAAGUUCUCAACCGCAUUACCCAGGGCUUGUCGUCUGCUGUUGGAUUGUAG